CCCUCCUUCAAGCCAGACCUCUCUGGACUUACAUUUUUCAGGCUGUUUCCAUAAAGUUAGGAUAAGAGUGGUCGUUGAGGGAGUCUGGUAUAGCGUUUUAUUCGAUAUUUACACGCUUUGGAAGCAGUUUUGGUUGCCUAAUUCACUCAUCGGCGGGUCGAAGACUUUUGCCACCCUUUUUUCUGAAUUUGCGAAGCACGGAUACAGAGGGUCACCAUGGCCCAGUGGAACCAGUUGCAGCAGCUGGAGACGCGCUACCUGGAACAGCUGUACCAUUUGUACAGUGACAGCUUCCCCAUGGAGCUGCGCCAGUUUCUAGCUCCCUGGAUCGAAAGUCAAGACUGGGCAUAUGCAGCCAAUAAGGAGUCCCACGCCACCCUGGUGUUUCACAACCUGCUGGGAGAGAUCGACCAGCAGUACAGCCGCUUCCUGCAGGAGAACAACGUUCUGUACCAGCACAACCUGAGACGGAUCAAACAGCACCUGCAGAGCAAGUACCUGGAGAAGCCCAUGGAGAUCGCCCGCAUCGUAGCCCGCUGUCUGUGGGAGGAGCAGAGACUACUGCAGACGGCCACCACCGCUCAGCAAGACGGUCAAGCUGCCCAUCCCACAGGCACUGUCGUAACAGAGAAACAGCAAAUCCUGGAGCACAACCUGCAGGACAUCAGGAAGAGAGUGCAGGAUAUGGAACAGAAGAUGAAGAUGUUAGAGAACUUACAGGAUGACUUUGACUUCAACUACAAGACUCUGAAGAGUGCUGGAGAGCUAUCUCAGGACCUGAAUGGGAACAGCCAGGCUGCAGCUACUAGACAGAAGAUGGCUCAGCUGGAGCAGAUGCUGAGUGCCCUGGAUCAACUCAGGAGGCAAAUCGUGACUGAGUUGGCUGCGCUGCUGCAGGCCAUGGAUUUUGUGCAGAAGAAUCUGACGGAUGAAGAGCUGGCUGACUGGAAGAGAAGACAGCAGAUCGCCUGCAUUGGAGGACCGCCAAACAUCUGCCUGGACCGGCUAGAGACAUGGAUCACCUCAUUGGCCGAGUCUCAACUGCAGAUCAGGCAGCAAAUAAAGAAGCUAGAAGAGCUUCAGCAGAAAGUCUCGUAUAAAGGGGACCCCAUCGUUCAGCACCGCCCUGCCCUGGAGGAGAAGAUCGUAGACUUGUUCCGCAACCUCAUGAAGAGUGCGUUUGUGGUGGAGAGGCAGCCGUGCAUGCCCAUGCACCCAGACAGACCUCUGGUCAUCAAGACAGGAGUCCAGUUCACCAACAAAGUGAGGCUACUGGUGAAAUUUCCAGAGCUGAAUUAUCAGCUGAAAAUCAAAGUGUGCAUUGACAAGGAAUCCGGGGAUGUGGCAGCCAUUCGAGGGUCACGCAAGUUCAACAUCCUGGGCACUAACACUAAGGUGAUGAACAUGGAGGAGUCCAAUAAUGGCAGCCUGUCAGCUGAAUUCAAACACCUGACUCUUCGAGAACAGAGGUGUGGCAAUGGAGGACGGACCAACAGUGAUGCCUCGCUUAUUGUGACUGAGGAGCUUCAUCUUAUCACCUUUGAGACGGAGGUUUACCACCAGGGCCUCAAGAUUGACCUUGAGACACACUCGCUCCCUGUUGUAGUCAUUUCCAACAUCUGUCAGAUGCCAAACGCAUGGGCCUCCAUUUUGUGGUACAACAUGCUGACCAACCACCCCAAGAACGUAAAUUUCUUCACCAAGCCUCCUGUGGGCACGUGGGAUCAAGUGGCUGAAGUGCUGAGCUGGCAGUUCUCCUCCACAACCAAGAGAGGCCUGACCAUUGAGCAACUCACCACACUUGCAGAGAAACUGCUUGGUCCUUCCGUCAACUACUCCGGUUGCCAGAUCACCUGGGCUAAGUUUUGCAAAGAGAACAUGGCAGGGAAAGGUUUUUCGUUCUGGGUGUGGUUGGAUAACAUCAUUGAUCUGGUGAAGAAGUAUAUUCUGGCUCUGUGGAACGAGGGCUAUAUUAUGGGAUUCAUCAGUAAGGAGAGAGAAAGGGCAAUCCUGAGCCCAAAGCCUCCUGGGACGUUUCUGCUACGCUUCAGUGAGAGCAGUAAGGAGGGAGGCAUCACGUUCACCUGGGUGGAGAAAGACAUCAGUGGUAAGACACAGAUCCAGUCGGUGGAGCCCUACACUAAGCAGCAGUUGAACAGCAUGUCCUUCGCCGAGAUCAUCAUGGGCUAUAAGAUCAUGGACGCCACCAACAUCCUGGUCUCUCCGCUGGUCUACCUUUUCCCCGAGAUCCCCAAAGAGGACGCCUUCGGCAAGUACUGCCGGCCCGAGGCCCAGCCCGACGUAGACUUCCAAGAGCCUGGGUGUGCCAUUCAGCCAUAUCUGAAGACCAAGUUUAUCUGCGUCACCCCGUGUCCUUCUGUCUUCAUGGACUUCCCGGACAGUGAACUGCUGGGGAACGGCUUCCCUGGGACUAACUCAGGCAACACGAGUGACCUGUUCCCCAUGUCUCCUCGCACUCUCGACUCACUGAUGCACACCGAAGUUCAGGAGGCCAACCCGGGACCUCUCGAAUCCCUCACUCUGGAUAUGGAAUUGAACUCAGAUGUGGCUUCACCCAUGUGAGACCAGCAGCCUCGGACACGACCUGCUGCCCUCUGACUUAGCUUUUCACUUCUAGAUGUUUCUAGAAAACCUUUUGGAGAGAGAUUGAUUUUCUUGUACAUACGAUUGCGCUUAGAUAAGUGCUCCACCCCCCGAUCCUUUAUUCAUUUUCCAUAGCUGAUAGCUGAAGAUAAUGUAGUAAUCGUGAUGCUUUACUCAUGUUCAAGAAUUACAGAUGUUGAAAUGCUGAGUUGCUUUGAUGUGAAUGUUCACUGAUAUGAACAUAUGUUAAAAACAAAAAACAUGCAUUUUGUUAAACAUGCAUUUUUUUUUUUUUGCUCGAGGUUGCUAAGUUACCAUUUGCACAAACAUAGCAAAAUAGCCUGUUGAUUUUUGUUUUAUUUUACUUUAUAUUUUUUUGUUUGUUUUUAGUUUGCUUGUACCAUAAAUCAUCCAGCAAAGAUAGAUGUUCUAAAGUCAGGUGACCCAAUCAGGAACUAAUGAGAAACGUUUAGCCUACGAACUCAAACCAUUAUUGAAUAUUAUUGAAUAUCAUUUUUUUUUUUACAUAUUCUUUUCGUUCAUUAUUUUGUGUGGCUGUCUUCAGGAAGUUGAAACGGUUUAUAUUUUAAAGACUGUAUUAAGCUGUAUGUCCACGUUGCUCUUGUGAAAUAGGUUUGUUUGAUGUCUAAGCUAGAGUUGUAUGUGUUAUGAUGAGAAGUUUGUUGGAGAAUAAGUGACGCCAUUUGAGCUGUUGUAUUAUAUCUGCACGUUUAUAUAUUUGUUUUUCUGAUUCUUUCUUUGUCUUUGUCUGUUGGUUCUCUUUGUAUACUCGUAUUUUCAGUGGCUUUUGCUGUUUUUUGUGUUUUCUGGUGAUGAGAGAAAAAUUUGAAAUGGGCAUGAGCAAAGUGUACACCAUUUUUUAUCAUUUAUAUAGCAUACUGUAGCAGUCAUGCAAAAAAUAGCCACUUUACUCUUUAAUAAAAUAAAAAAAAAAUCUAAGAUUUGGACACUGUGCAGAUUUGAAUUGUGUCUAAAAAUGUAGGUGUCAUGCAACAGAUUCAAUAUGUAACAUCAGUAAUGUUGUAACCAGAAUUACCAGAAUAGCUUUAAAAUUAACUCAAAACAUUAAUAUAUCAAUUAUAUAUUAAUUUUGACUUAAGAUCCGAAUUUCAGUCCAAUACUAUUAAGGCGUACUCAGGGUAUUACUAAAUAAAUCAGAUUUUAGUCAUCUUACAUUGCAGUUUCUAUUUCAUUUAGGUAGAGCAGGGUUAUAAUGUUGGUAUUUUACCGUUUUACUGUUAAAAAAAAACAUUUUAUCACGAUAAAGACUAUAUCGUCAGUAAUUUGACAAACAUUGAUCAACUCCAUGAUUUGUUGCUGUUGGUAACACUUCUAAAACCUUUAAAACUAUGUUUCAAAUGAUUCCUUAAAUGAUGCCAUAAAAGAACUACUUUUAAUUUCUGAAUAUAACAAAAUUUGGCUUCAUUUAUGAAAUCCUUCUUGCGACAAUUCAGUUAGAACUUUUGUCACAAGUUCUAGAAUUGUGAGGGUUCUGGGUGGUCCAGCAGACUAUGAUCAGGAGAUUGCUGGUUAAAUCCCAUUCGAAUCCUGGUCAUACAGCUUGCCAUCAGCUGCCAGAGCCCUGAGAGAGCACAAUUGGCCUUGUUCUCUCUGGGUGGGUAGAUGACGCUCUUUCCCCACAUUAUUCCAAAAGGGUGAUGUUGAUCAGCGCAAGGCAUCUGUGAGCUGAUGUAUCGGAGCCGAGUCGCUGCGCUUUCCUCCAAGCGCUAUGAUGCUACUCGGCAAUGACACAUAGUCUCAGAACAAACCAGAUGGAGCGAGAGAAAUAGAGAGGGAAACGGAGGAAUGGAGGGAGGCGGGGUUUGAGCCACUGUUAAAUGUCAUUUCUCCCAAAUUAAUCUCAUCUGCUUUUCAUGUGAUGAAAUGGCGCCAGUAAUUACAUGUCCAUCUCUGUGUGACUGCCUGCCUUUAGCAGCCGCAGCAGCCGCUCUGCAGUAAAGGUUACCCAAAGGAAUGAAAGAGUUUGGGUGGACGAGGGGGGGGGUGGUGAUGUGUGAGGAGGAAAGAAAGGAUGAACAGAGAGACAGAGUGAGAAAGAGCCUCAGUGCAGAAGAUAGAACGAUGACCUUUGUCUUCAGGAUUUUUCCACACGUAAAGAUCUUCUUUCCCUUCAUGUCGGCAGUAAUGUUGCUAUAUUCUGUAAUUUUGUAUUUUUGCACUUUUUAUGUCAUUUUGUUAAGUCAUAAAAAAGUUCCAGAUUGCUAUUUGUAUUUGCAUAUGUUUUUAUCCCUUUUUGGCAGUUGGGUCAGCGUACAUCUACAUUUUUUUUUGUUGUUGUCACGGUUUUACUGUUUGGAUGAAUUUUGAUGCAUUUACAUGUAUAAUCAUUACUUUUCAUUAGCUUAUUUUCCUCAUAAAUGCCUGUACUAGUUCUAGCUCUUAUUUUUAAUAUUUAAAAAUGUUCUUCUAUAGUCUGACUGCCAUCAGAGGCAACUUCAUUACCCUCUGCUCCUCGGUCUUCAGUGCAGCAUCAUGGUUGUUGCAGUUCAUGUGUUGUAAAUGUCAGUCUCAGCAGGCUCUCUGUACAGUAGCUGAAUUCCUUCACUCUUCAUUUGAAUUAAAUAAGGAAUACUC